GGGAAUACAGACGACUACACAGAGAGCACAGAAGAACUGCGAAGAAGAUUUAAAAAAAAAAAAGUAUAUCAGGAGACAUGAAAUCGCUUCACAUUCCCGUAGUCGGCCUUCUCUUUCUCCUCAGCGUUCAACACAUGAGGACAUUCCCGCUUCAAAGCACAGCCUUAACAAACGACGACAUGGGUGUUUUAAAGUUUCUCCUUCAACGACUUGAAGAGUCCAUUCCAGCUCAAGACCAAACACCGGCGGAAAGAGAAGUAAAGGCGGCAAAUAUUGAAGAAACCCGAGCUGAAGAGCAGCCCGAUACUUACCUGAGAGAGUAUCUUUCUGCUCGGGACUUAAAGACUGUGCGUAAAGACUCAAAGAAGAAAAACUCGGGGUGUUUCGGGAGCAAACUGGACAGAAUCGGUUCAAUGUCGUCUUUGGGAUGUAACACAGUCGGGCGCUCAGGUCCCAAGAAGAACUGAAGUCUUAAUGAUUAGAAAUUCUACACUGUAAACAAUGAACAUGCGUUGUUUCUACUUGAUUUAACCUCACAAUGACCUCUUUUGGUAACCUAAUGUAUUCAGGUUAAUACGAAAUAUAUGUAUUUUUUUACUUAAAAGAGUAAAUUUGUUACCAUUUGAAGCGCAUUUUAAGGUUAUCCGACCCAAUAUUUUUUUACAGUGUCAUUUUCUCCGAUUUAAAGUGUUCUUAACUAUGCAUAUUUAUUUAGAUAUUUAUUAAAUUGUUUAAGUUAUAUAUUUAUAUGCAUAUUUAAAUUGAACUGUCAGUUCAAUCUGUUGUACUUGUCCUCUAUAAUAUUUAAUAAAUGUUUACACAUGCC